UGAGAUCUGCCCGCCCCACACUGAGCGGUCGUUAAGUGGGGUAAAGGUGAGGCUCGGGACUGCGGCGGACAACAUCCAGCUGACUACAGGUACAACAGCAUAUUCCCAAGAAGGAAGAAGAAAUGGCUAAUCAUGUGUCAGAGUCGUUGCCAGAGCGGACCUUCCAGUACCAAAGCAGCCUGCCGCCCCUUCCUGUCCCACUGCUAGAGAUUAGCCUUUUAAAGUAUCUGAAUGCAGUUCAACCUUUUGCAUCUGAGAAGGAGUUUAAGGCUACAGUGGACACUGUGAAUAGAUUUCAAGAGGGUGUUGGCAAAGAGCUGCAUCAGAAACUACUGCAGAGAGCCAAGACAAAGAAGAACUGGCUGGAAGAAUGGUGGUUAGAUUCUGCAUAUCUGGAGGUCCGCGUCCCCUCUCAGCUGAAUGUGAACUUUGGUGGCCCGGCGCCCUACCUGGAGCACUGCUGGCCUCCUGAAGAGGGAACUCAUCUGCAGAGGGCCAGUAUCAGUACAUGGCAUACGCUGCAGUACUGGAACCUGAUCCGCACGGAGAGUCUGGCUCCUCAGAAAUCUGGCAAAACACCAUUAGAUAUGGACCAGUUCAGGAUGCUGUUCUCCACCUGCAAAGUACCUGGAGUAAAGAAAGACACCAUUCGUAACUAUUUCAAAACAGAGCGUGAGGGUCCUUGCCCCUCCCAUUUGGUAGUGAUGUGUCGUGGACGGUUCUUCACGUUUGAUGCAGUCUGUGAUGGACAAAUCCUCACUCCUCCAGAACUGCUCAGGUAGGAUUAC